ACUGGAUGAAACGAGAACGUGCUCAAGACUUGAUAUGGCAUUUGCUGACCUCUCCAUACUUGGCUGACCUGAGCCUUCGACACUUCGCUCGCCGCACCAAAGCUUAACAUUUCGACCGACUGGAGUUUUCUCUCAUCCGCUCCGACUUCAGUGGGACUAAGUCGAACUCGAACAACGAACGCCGUCGUCCAAUAAUGAGCAACGUUCAGUGGGUGUGUGAGACCAUUAGCCAACGUGCUCUCUAGGACUCGCGGCAAGCCCCCAAGCAAAAUGAACAAGCUCGUCCCCCUCGCAUUGGCCCUCAUCGUCUCCUGCAUCUUCUCUGAGGAAGCCGCCGCUAUCGGCGUGUGUAAGAAGUCUGAGAUCGGUUCGCUGCGUACAAACACCAACGCAACUGCAUGUGCCACCGACUCGGGCUUCGUAUUCGCCAACCUCGAUGGUGCUCCGUCGGACGAACAACUCGCUACUAUGUGCGAGACCGACACGUGCCGCUCGAUCAUUGCCACGAUCCUCGCCAUCAACCCGGAAGACUGUACGCUGCCCUUAAACGAGAACCUCAACCUCAUGAGCGAUCUCGUAGAUCCAGUCGUAAACAAGUGUAAGUCGAUGGGUAUCGAUAUCGUGGGCAGCUCCAAGGUCGGUAGUGACGGAGACGUCAACGUCGGUGACGAUGACAGCGUCGCGUCUGCGUCUGAUGCCAGCGCCGCGUCCGCGUCCAGUGCCGGCGGAUCAUCCAGUGCUGCUACUACAGCUCCUACCCCCGUUUCGAUCGCUAUCACUUUCGCUGUCGCUACAAUGCUAGCCAUGACACUGUAAAUGCCUCCUCCCCCCCCCCCCCCAUGGAUGUAGUCGACGACGUCGUUGCCCCACAUUGCGUUAGAUUUAAAUAUGUAAAUCAAAUAAUUCUAAGCAC